AUGACUCAUAGCUAUCAAUCCGUGGGCAAUGGUCAUCCGACGCCGUCAGGAUUCUCUUCCUCCCCUGUGCCACCUGCAAGCGAGUCGAAAUCAUCUUCGAGCUCCGUGUCAAGCUCGACAUACACCACGUUGGCCUUGACGUCCUCCACGCGCUCGACAAACGGUCAUCCGGUGCCUGCGAGAUUCUCAACGUCGUCACUUCGAGCUGUCAGCGAAACCACAUCGCCGACUGUGCACUCUUCCUCCCUCCAACAGCCCAGCUCAACGCACAGGGCGCCCUCCAGCACCACUGCCACACGCUCGACAGUGUCGGUUCCGCAGGCGUCCUCCAAAGGCAUCUCAGCGACCUCGUCAACUCACACCACUGGCAGCACGUCCUCUCGUGCACCGCACCCCUCUCCACCAGGCCAGCAGCCCUGCCGCUCCUCGCAUUGGGACUUUCGCUCCCUCCCUCGCUCCUCGAUCAUCUCCAACUGGGACACGACCUCCGCUGCCGCUUCCCUCGCAGACUUCAUCGACCUCUCCGGCACGCCCGCAGGCACGACGUGGGCUCUGACCAGCCAAGGCCUGGAGCUCUACCUCGUCAAGCCCAAGGAGAGCGGGACCGCCGCGCUUGCAGCCACGAUGUCAACAACGUUUGUGCUCAAGAUGGGCGCUAAGGUGACGGCGGAGAUGCAGACUUCGGGCGUGGGAGGGGCGGUCAGUACCUUGACUAUGUAUCAUCCGGGGCAGGAUGAGAUUGAUAUCGAAUUGCCGGGAGGGGUGUGCAACACCAAUUACUUCGUAGGCGGCAAGGGCCAGUCCGGCACUGGUUGGGAGUCGUCCAAGCUUGACGGGUCUGAAACUUCAGACGGUUUCCACUCCUACUCGUACGCCUGGGACGAUGAAGUGAUCCGUUUCGGCUUCGAUGGCGCCACGGUGCACGAUAGUCGACGUGUCAAGAACGCGAGUUUCUGGCCAACGCAUGGACAGACGUGA